GGAAAGCCAUCUGCUUCUUGUGAAGAUGGCAACCACAACACUUUUGGAAUCUGAAAAUGUCCGGGGAACUUGCCAUAACAAAUCAAUUGAUUUUACGACGCGAGAUCAUGAAAAAAUCUUACAGUCGCUCAGGCUGGUCAAUCCCCCUAUACCCGAGCUUGCGGCGGGACUGAAGGAUUAUCUAUCUGUGCUAAGUCGGGGGAGUAGUCUCGCGCUCAGCCGCGGAGAGGGCCUAGCUAACAUACGCCAAAGCAAAAGCAUUGAGAGUCUCUUUUCAACAGCAACCCCGCGUGUGAUAGACGGCCCACCGAUAACUUGGACGAUGCUCAUCCUUUUCGCCGGGCCUCAGUUUGAUGGUCCAUCGCAGUUGAAGAUUGGAGACACUCAGGUUGAACUUCCAGAAGACGACUUCAAUCUCAUUCGCUCUGGUAGGCCUUGGAGGUUUCUUUCUCCUUGGCCAGAUAGCGACGACUGUGAAAAGGAACUUCGGUCGGUCGAGAGUGCUCUACAGGAGCUUAAUGACACUAAGCUGAGCAUCACCGCAGUCCUAAGCGAGAUCUCUGUUGUUGAACAUUGUCUACGGAAUCGCUCUCAUUUCGUUACCCAACGUUAUGCAAAUCAACGCGGUGGUAUUCCCCAAGAAGAAAACCCCGGCUGCGGAAGCACUAAAAGCCGUCCACCCCCUUUGGCUGGGUCUGGCACUACAAUGUCACAGGCAGAUGAAAACACUGCUUACGAGCAUGUACCGCCGUUCCCUGCAAAUAUCCCCUUGCCAGCCAGCGAGCAGUCUGCCCAGAUGGGUGCCCCCGAUCCAUGCAAUGCAGGUCUUUCAAAAUCAUUUGUGGCUGCAAGCAGCGUUCAGGUUGAUAUCCCCCAACCAAUAAAUACAGUCAGGCCAAAAAGGAGAUCGCGUGCCUCCAAUUUCAUUGAGACCCUAAGGGAAUAAGUUAGAUACCGAACAGAGUCUUGGCAUUUCCCUCCCUAUUAAUCUGAGAAAGGAUCCUUGGCGAUUCAGAGACCGACGGGGCAAUGCGCUGGUCAGAAGAUGGACGUUCCUCGACUACAACCCAAAAGCUCUAGUCGGAUUGAAACCACAGUAGAACAGUGCAAUGGCCUUUUAACCUGGCUUCCUGACGCAUGAAGAAUUCGAUGACCAGGUUGAGGACUAUCAAUUUAUUGCUUCCUACGGCGAUUCAGAUGAGUAGGCAACUGAAAGAUGCAGAUUUGCCUAGACUCGAAUCAUCAAAACCUGUACGUUUGACUAUCGAUUCGGAUAACUGAUUAUGCUCUCCACAGGCCGAUUUUUCUCUUCUUAUACUUUGGUG